UAUGGAUCACCAGUAAUCUGGCAAGCAAAAUACUUUCAUAUAAAGUUCAGGAACAAAUGGCCAUAAUCUCCGAUCAUAAACAAGUGACCAUUAUAUUAGAUUGGUUUAAAUAUAAACCUAAUAGAAUAUGCUUCAAUACCAAUAUUUAUCAAUUCAAGGAUGCUACUCCAGAAAACAUAAAAGGAUUCAAAGAGGAUAUUGAACUUGCAUGCCUAACAAGCAACACUUCAACCUAG